UUGAAUGUAAUAACUAGUUUGACAUGGAGUGCUAAUAUAUAUCAGUUCCCAAAUGUCAUCUCCCGUCGAUGGAGACGCAGGUCCAGCGUCUCCCGGAAUGCAAAAUAAUGUUACCAGAGUGUCCAAGGUUCCUGCGGCUAUCUCCUGGACAGAAGACGAUAAUCGCACUGCAUUCCUCGCGAACGAUCCUGUGAACCACGAUCAUGUCACCCUUGACAUCCAUGUCGACCAUGCCUCCCACACUGCUUUUUUCAAAGUCAUAGCCAACGUUGCUUACAAGGGGAAACGGAACAAGUCGAAUGUGUACCUGUUCAUAUACCCCGAACGCAUCCAAACGCUUGCCCGUGUGGACGAUGACGAUGACUCUGCGACGGCCCGACUCGGGACGAGUGCACACUCCUUGCAGUUCACCCUCAACACACCUCCGUCUCUCGUGGUGCCGAAUGGCGUAUGGAUCCCGAAGAACGAGGCUCGGCCCAUCAUCUCCUCAUUACAUACUUUGGCAGGGAUGAACAGCUUCCGCGUCGCCUUGCCUUCCAACUCGAUAUCUCUAGACCGUCUAGCCAUAGUAUGUCAGGAGGCGUCCACCAGCGGCUGCCUGAGAACCAUGGCAGACGUGGCCAACAUCACGAAGUUGUACGGUGGCCAAGGUGGCAGGAUUCUGGAAUACGGCGUUGAUGCCAAGCUGCCGG